GGGCGGCGUCGGGUCAUUCAGACGUUAUGAUGGGUCUGCCUCACCGUACGCGAUUUUUUCCACUGGAAUGUACAGUCUUUGAUGGAACUCGAGGGUAAAACCGAUGCCCGGAGGGGAUAAGGGGAGGUAACCAAAUCUGACGAGCAAGCGACAGUAUUGCAAUGUCAACAGAUGAUCUAAAGUUGCAGCAGUCAACUCGUAAAAGUGGAGAGAGAGCCAGCGUGUCUUGUGUCGUCUCAAAUCAGGACAGAUUUUACGCGCACGCUGACACAGCACGUUCUCAGGAUGUAAGUGAGGAUGAGAAGGACUUUGAAGCCCAAACUACAGCAACUUCGCCAUCACUGCAGUUAACCGGCCAGCAGAAAAGCAGCAGAGAUCUGCAGAUCAAGCAGAUCAUACUACUCAGGUCCAACAAAGACACCAGCAAGACAUCAGAGGAUCAAAACGAAUCUUCCAGAUUCACCGCUGUCCUCUCUAUCCGUCUUCCCAUCAAAAGAAACAAAAAAGACACAGCAGAGGACACAGAAGAAACACUGCUGAAUAACACUGACAUUGACAACUCGCAUGAAACGCUAAGGAGAACAGCUAAUAAACACCAUACAGAGCUAAGGGACAGAUUUUCAACAACAGAGAUUUUUUUUAAGGACGGGGAUGGGCCAAAAUCACCUUUUGAUGAAAACAGCUUUUCCACUCCACAAAGUCAACAUGGACUUACCACACCUUACCAGGGACAAGAUACAGGAAUACAACACAACGUACACCUUGAUGAACGAACACAAAUAGCCAACAUCGACUCUAUGAGACAUUCUACUCUACAGUCUAUUUGUGUGAUACGACCAGAAUUCAGCAAGGGGACAAAUGCAAACAAGGAAUCUGGAGCCACUGACCACAGAGAAAACGUUUUAACAACUCCACAUGACAACAGUCAACUGACAUUGCUUGGAAAAGACAGUAGUCUAAAAGCAAGCGCUGAUCGCAAGCUCUUUACAUGCCGUUCAGAGGUACUAAGCCAGGUGUUAUCAUUAGCCCCUUUUCCCACACCGCCUUCUGGAAGUAGCCCUGAUCCAGAACAAAGUCAUCUCAAUCCUGCUUCAGCUAUGUUAGCAUCCGCCCUGGUCUCAGUUCUUGUACCACCUUGGAGUGGCCGUCUUAGAAGACCCAAACAAGGAGGCAGUGAGGUAGAACAUGAAUCACAAGAUUGUGGACAGAAUGCCAACCCAUCUACCUCACUCCGCCAAGACCCCCGUCAACAACCGUUUCUUCCCUCCUAUAGACCACUAGCUGAACAUGUGAUACAAGAGCCCAAUGACAACGACACUACUGGAACCAGCUACAGUUCUCCUGAAUGGCAAAAAGAGAAUAAUUCUCCAAACAUCACAACUACAAUUCAGUCUAAGAGAGCUAUUAUGAAAACGUUUUCUGUGGACACAUAUAGAGCCACAAUGUACAACAAUGCAGAACUACACCAUGUUCCCAUACCUCUGGACACUGGUCAGGUACCCAAGUCAUCCCGGUCUGAGGAACAUAAAGAACACAGAAUAUCAAAAACUGAAGAUCAAAGUGAGUCUUUCAAAUCAUUGAGCUCCAAGCCAACAACAAGCAGCCUACUUCUGUCAUUGAGGAGGGCAAAUUUGAGAAGGCUCAAUGAGGAGAGCACACAAAUGCAGACUCCGAUAACUCGGCCUGUCAGGUCCCUUACAUUGCCAAGCAGAAGUAUAUUAAAGAAUGCUCAGUCGUACACCUCUGUUUUUCGUAGUGAGGAAGCCGGAGAUACAACAGAGCCAUACUCAUUUCCAGACACUCCUUCAAAAACAGAGGGAAUAUCAGAUCAUUUUAAUUUCUUACCUAGAAGUAAAAGGGUAGUGACAAGGCCGUCCCUGUUUCUAAACAAAACAGAUUCAGAAAUUUCAAAGAAUCCAGAGACUUUCAUUGCAAGAGGUGAGGAGCACAUUUCCCUCAACUCCACAAGCAAAUCCAGCCCACCUGAAAUUCCCAAACCUCAGCAGCAUUCUUUUUCCUUGAGAAAAUACACCAAAAUAGAAGGUGGUGAUCCAAUGGAACUAGUUAAUUCCAAAAAUACAAACCAGCGAAACUCGAAUAUUAACAAUAAUCCAGACACUUUCUCCCAAAUUUCUUCAAACAAUAAAACAAAUUUGAACAUAGAUGUUCCGCGAACAGGCUUUAAUGGUGGAAACUUAAAAUCACAAAAUAUACCAGAGAGCAAAUCUAUAGCUACAAGAACCUUCACAGACACUCUUAAAUUCUCACCCAGGAAAGAGAACUUUUCCGUUGAUGGAAUCAAAACAACAAAUGAAGGGCAGACAUAUAAGGACACUGAAAAGAAAGCUUCUCAGUCAAGUCAAAGCCCAAUGGAUCUUUCAAGUCCUCUGUCGCCAAGCAGACCUACGAAAGGUUUUCGUGUUCCAAGCAUCUAUUCUUACCUACGAGAGUCCAGCCCAGCAGUUUCAACCACUAAUUCCCCUUCAACUCCUUUUUCCCACAUACAGAGUGCUGAAAGUUCUUCCUCUCCUAUUCAAGGUGGAGGUAAAAUACUGCCGGGUGACAGAAAUACUGUUCCCUCCAGAUUUUCUUUUGACAUCGGCCCAUUUGAUUCACAGCCGUUAAAAAAAGGCUCUUCCAGUUCUCUUACCGGCCCAGCUCAAUCUCUGCCUCCUGAUUUUGGAAGAAAAUCAGCACCCCGUCUUAGCACUUCUCCAUAUUCCACUCUCAUUUCCUCAAGACCUGCACUCAACAGCACUUUACAAAGUCUGUCCUCUCCACCAGCAGCCAAACCACAGCAACAAUCUACAUCAGAUGAUACUAUAACCAUACGUGUUUACCCUAUAAAACUUCACCCAAGUCCUUCUUCCUCCAUGUACAAGAACGUAACAAAGAGACCAAAGGAACAGCUAGGUUCUCUAGACAGAGAACAGAAGACAAGCGCAGCGAACACUUCUCAGGCUUAUUUAGGUGCACCAGAUAAUCACAAACCUGCCCAGCCAUGUCUCUCACAAACCGUACCACGUUUUUUCACAGAGCGCCAAAGUGCAAAUAUAACCCCACACCCAAGGCAGCAACACACAUGUUCUCAUGAGGAACGUAAAGGCUCGAUGGCAGUUCAUCUUAAUAAGGAUAAUUCUCAUUCUAAGCACAGGCUGAAUCUGAAAGAGAAUACGGUAACAGCAGAAAGUAAGCCUCUGCUUGAAGCUGAGAAGGAGACUACAGAUUUGCAACGGCAUGAGAGAUUGCAGGAAAUUCCUAAUUCAAAGAAAGGCCUCUUUGCAUUGCGGGCUAAGAAAGACAAUGUUUUUAUGGCAGACAAAGAUGAUGUUACUCCUCAGUAUUUGAAAACCAAAAGAAAUUCACCAGUAUUGAAAACAAGCAGCAGGAUUGACCAGAUGUUAAGUCGCUUGAAACAGACAUUUGGUGGCAAACGUUCAGACAACACUGUUGACACAAAAACUGGUAACGCCGCCACUCAGAAACCUUUAUACACUGAGACUUUUGAAAGAAAUAAGAGAGAAGAGAAAAGGUGUUCUAAGAGCCAAUGGGAACCCUCUUUGAUUAAUGACAAAACAACUUUGAAAUCAUUGUCACCAGCAACAUUGAUGAAAUCGGAGAAUACGCUAAAUGUGGAUGUCCAAAGCAGGAUAAUGGGUGAAAAAAGUUUGAGUUUUGGGAACUCAUCAUUAACCAACGAUAAAGCAUCUUUACCUUCGUUGGAAUCAUUAUCACCAUUAAGAUUUAGAAAAACUGAGAAAACGUUAAAUGUGGACGGGCAAAGUAGGAUUAGGAGUGAAAAAACACUUGGGAGCCAGUGGGAAGCUCCAAACUCACCUUUGACUACUGAUAAAGUUUCUUUGAAGUCAUUGUCGCCAUUACCAUGUAGGAAACGUGUGAAUCAACUAAAUGUGGAUCGCCCAAAAAGGUGGAGUGAUGAACUUGAAAAACGGUCGUACAGCAGCAGCAAGCACAGGCUAAAUCUCCAUAGUAUGAACCGCUCUGCCACUUUACCACAUUACCGAAACUCAUCUUUCAGUCCCUCAUCAACCUCUUAUCUCUCUGAUUACGAUUCAGAAGACAUUCAGAAUGACAAUGUGUUUUAUAGUCCAGUGAGCAAAAAAAGCAAUUCGCUUUGUGAGUCUGUCAUUGUUCCACAACUGAGCUAUGCUAAGAGUAAUGUGCCUCAAAACCUCACAAGAUCUCGCUUGUCCUCUUCCUGUGCAGAUUUAAAGUACGGUCUGAAUAAUGGGAGAUCUUUCUCUGUCAGCAGUGUUGUUUCAAGCCGCCCUUCAGGUCCAGGACGAAUCUCAACAAGUAGCGUCAGUGACCUAUCAAGUUUAGAUGACUUCAUGCCCAGAGGAAAUUAUUCAGGAUUUGGCUCUCCGAUCAAUAUCAGCUAUUCCCCUACCUAUGGUGCCAAACCUGUCACCUAUAAUCAGUCCCAGCUUGGAAAUACAGAUGAUCAUGUUCUGAAUUUAGAUAAACAAGAGGACUCUUCAUGCUUCUGGGAUGAUGCAGACCCAACUCCGCCUCCCUCACCACCUUUUUCUCCAUCGUCCCGUCGCAUAUCCCAAGCUCUCGCUGUCUCCUCCCCCAUCCGGACAACUCCAGAAAGUCCUCCUCGUGGAAUGCUACCAUCAAGGAGCUACUCAACCAGCCUGACUGUUUUUGAGGAGUCUGGUUCUGAUACCACAACUGAUGACGAAUACUAUCUUGAUAAUGGCAAUGAUGACAUGGAAACAGAACUUUAGUAAAAGUAUUAUGUGUUGUAAUUGUUUCAUUAUUUGGUUGUACAUUGGACAUUUAGAAUGUGUUUUUUCUGUGCACUGGAUCAUUAAUGAGAAGUAGCCUAAAAUAAAGCCAAAACAAGGUCAGGGAAAGUGAAUCUAAAUGAUAAAAGCAUCUAUUAAUUACAUUUGCAAAUCCAGCUCAUACUGUAGUCCAAGAAUCAUAUUUGUGCAUCACAGAAUGAGUGAGGACUGUAUUAAUUUCCUAUGUUAUACAUAAUUAAAACAAUUUCGAGCUUUUUAAAUAUA